AUCGUCAAUGCUAUCUGUGUACUGUCUGGGUUUUGGUGGCAGUGGUGGACCAGCCAUUUCUGCUGUUGAUGGUCAACUUCUAAGAUGUUUGAUGAGAGUUACAUUAUAGAUAAAUUAGAGCAUCAAGAGCUUAGUUCUGCUGCCUCUAUAGAUAAUUCUAGCUACACAGCAACUGAUAUCGACAAACUUGAGUACAGGUACAAGUACGCGGGCGAUUUAUUUUUAGGUAUAUUCCACCAGCCACGCACCCAGGGUUUGAUUGGCUUCGUUACUAGCACACUCACAAACGAAGACACGUUCAGCGAGCAAUCAGCCAAAGAGCACGAUCCCUCUGGCCAUACAGUCCUGAUACAUUCUCUGACUGUACAUAAUGAAGAUGCCCACCGUGAGACCGCAACUACAAAACUAUUCACUGAGUACAUGCGAAGACUAGACGAGUCGAGCUACAACAGGGUAUUAAUCAUAUCAUCUAAAGAACAAGUACCCUUCUUUGAAAAGUAUCAGUUUGAAAUUACCAAGGAGAUAGACAACGAUCAGGUGGAAAUGUCUCACGAUAUCACUCCCCAGAAGAAACCAAGUAUUACCCAAGCAGAUAUCCUUGCAGCACUCAGUAAACCUUCCACUAAGCCUAAUCUCAACUUGUUAACCUUCACCGAUCAGAGCAAAUACGAGGACUUCCUUAAAGACUCGAAAAACUCGCGGAAUGCACGUUGCCCUAGGGUUGAAUGUAAAUCACUCGUCUUCUUAUCAGGUGCAGCGGACCUUAAAAGCUUAGAAACAAUCCAUCCACUCAGUAUUUUACCCCCAGACAACCAAUUUUCACACCCAUCAUUACCAGAACCGCAUCUCGACAAAGCCUGGAGACUCGCAGGUCCAAUGUCAUUUGAGAACAUAACAUUCUCGAAGACUGCUCCUCAAACAGCUGCAAAUAUCUCUAAAUUCCUCGCAUGCGGUGAAUGUGAGAUUGGCAGUCUAGGCUGGGUAGACAAUGCAGGUUGUUGGAUUGAUGUUAAGAGAGUAUUAUACGAAUAAACAUAUAUUUUGAGAAACGUUAUACUUAUAAUGAAUGAUUAUGAAAGAAUAAACUUUAUUUAUUAGCUUUAUUGAUAGCUUUGGUUGAUUGUUCCGUUGGAUAUUUAUAACAUUUUUAGUGGUUAUAGAACUUCUUGAUUUGUUCCGCGUAUUGCUUCUCAAUGGCUUUACGUUGAAUCUUCUGUGCUGCUGUGACUAAACCAGAUUGUGGUGUCCAUUCAUCGAGUGUGAGAAUAACAGUUUCAAGUAACUCUAAUGACUUGAAACCCGCCUUCUUACCACCUUGGUUAACCUCCGCAGUGAAUGCCUUCACGACAUUCUUGUCUUCUAGUGUUGAGCUAAUAUCAUUAGCGUUACCAAUACCCUUGUCUUUCAAGAAUGCCUUGAAGUGAGAUUCGUUAGGAACGACAACAGCGGCUGGUUGCUUAGCGUUGUUGUUAGCUAUGACACAAAUAUUUCCGACUAAUGGACAAGAUUUAUAUUGAGAUUCAAGUCUCUCGAGCGCAAUGUACUCUCCACCUUGCAACUUGACGAGGUUCUUGAUUCUGUCUAUGAUAGACAAUGUACCAUCAGCGUUCCAUUGUCCAACGUCACCAGUUCUGAACCAUCCAUCGCCAA